AUGGGUUCGACACUUAGCCACACAUCGUUCGAAUGGGCUAUUGUGGCUGGCAUCGCAGGGGCUGCUACAUAUCGCUACCUCACAUACUCCAGCUCUAGCGCACCAAGCAGUACCUCUGAACCCCCGACGGUUAGUAAAAAAGGUACGAAAGGCAAGAAGAAGAAACAGACACCGAAAACUGCCGGCGUCUCAAAGCCGUCUGAGAACCCCACCGCCACCGCAACGUCUGCGCAUGGCAAUCCUGUGCCUGACCCUACUGUCGUUCCAUUUCCGCAUGUUAUUCCCGGGGAAUUUGACGCCGUCUCCCCCAGCUCGGACGACCAAAGCGUACAGGUGAAAAAGAACAAGGCAACGAAGAAGAAGACGAAGACGAAGAAGGAGAAGCAGAAAGUAACGAGGACGGCACUUGACGUUGCAUCUGAACGACUGUCAGCUUCCUUGGCAUCGCAGUCAGGCGGUGAUGUUCCCAAAACAUCCUUUGACAUGCCUAGCAAAGUGUCUUCUCCUAAACAGGACGAGCAGCUGCGCACGCCUCAAAUACGGUCUUCUUCUCCGUCAUUUGAUACUGAUUCUUCGUGGAUGCGGAUAGACACCCGUCAGACAGCACGAGGCCCUAAGACCGCUACUAGAUCAGACAAUCAAAUACUUGCGAUAACAACGGAUAUGACCAGCAGUGACGUGGGUCCAUCAACCGGCCACUCUGGAUUUGCCGAACCUACGGAUGAGGACGAAUCUGCUAGUCUGGACGCAGGCACCCCAGGAGAUAAGCGUCGAACGCUGGCUGAGAGGCUUUUGCCUAAACCUAGGAAAACAACCGUCGAUGACAUGCUCGAGCGCCCGGGUUAUCCUGGUUUAGCGCGUGUGAUGCGUGUACAACCCCGGGCCGAUGAGGCCCCGGCGCCAGGAUUUUCCUGGAAGGAUUACGAGGAUGUGGAUGCCAGCAGCGGUACUUUAAACGACGCAGAUGGGGAGGACGAUGGCGAAUGGGGCAUCGUCAAGGGCAAGGGUCACCCGAAAGUAUCGCGACCCUCGACCACGCCUUCGCAAGUUGUGCAGCAAGUUCCAGGGACGUUAACCAAGAAACAGCGACAAAAUGCGAAAAGAAACCAGAUUUUGAAAGAUGCUAAAGCUGACGCCGAAGUAGAACGACAGGCGAAACUUGCCGAACGCAGGCGUGCUUUGGAGCGUCAACAGAUAAUCAAUCAAUCACGCCAUGGAGGGGGUAAGCAAACUAGCGGCGGCAUGCAAGCUGUCGUGGACAACCAGGGAAAGUUAGUAUGGGACUAAGAUAAUCAAUCACGCCUUGCGCCAGUUUCCAAAAUACUAUAUGGGAUCACUGUGAUCUGCGCUAGAGACAUUUACUGACAUGGUUAGGAUAGGCUUAGUAGACUCGUGGUAUUACUAGAAUACAAAAUCUCGUAAUUGUGUCGUGAAAGAUGCUCAGAAAAAACGAGGCUGGGUGGGGUAUGCGAUCGCCAAAUUAAAGCGAAAAAGUCAUGUCCGGCGUACCGGGAAUGGAAUCUGCGGAACGUAUUUCUCAUACAAGGUUGACGCGUGGUGUGGAGUGUGAGCAGAAUGAAUAGAACUGAAAUGCCACCAAUGAUGAUCAGAAUUAACCUAUGAGC